UUUCAAAUUCCAAAUUCCAAAUUCAAAAUAUGACUCCUACCUCUUUUGCUACUCCUUUAGCAUCAACUUCCAAUAAGAUCUAUGAUGUUUUUUUAAGUUUUAGAGGUGAAGAUGUUCGUAAAAGUUUCUUGGAUCAUCUUAACAAUCAACUGAAACAAAAAGGAAUUGAUACAUUCAAAGACGACGAUCAAUUGAAGAUAGGAGACUCUAUUGCUCCAAGCUUGCUGAAAGGUAUUCAUGAAUCAAGAGUUGCAAUUGUCAUAUUUUCCAAAGAUUACGCAUCGUCAAGCUGGUGUUUGGACGAAGUUGCAACCAUCAUGGAAUGCAGAGACAAGCUUGGCCUAAUUGUGGUGCCAAUUUUCUUUGACGUGGAGCCUUCACAUGUGCGCAAACAAGAAGGAAGUUUUAAGGAAUCAUUUGCGAAACACAAAGCAAAAUUCAAGGAUAAUAAUGGCAAGGCGAAGGUUGACAGGUGGAGAAAAGCUUUGACAGACGCUGCUAAUAUUAAAGGGCAUGAUCUGGCUGCGAAUUUCAAUGGGUAUGAAUUGCCUUGUAUCCAAAGGGUUGUUGCUGACAUAUUCAAACAAUUGCGUCCAGCUCCAAGUAUCCCAGAAAAUUUGUUUGGCUUAGAGUCAAGACUUGAGCAUAUGCGCACCGUGAUGGAAGUGUCUUCGGAUGAUAUUAAGUUAAUAGGUAUUUGGGGUAUGGGCGGUGUUGGGAAAACAACCCUAGCAAGAACAGUUUUUGCUGAGGUUUCCCGCGGAUUUAAACACUCCUGUUUCCUAAGUAAUAUUAGAGAAAAUAAUCUUAGUACAGGCGGAAUGGAAGGCUUGCAAGCAACACUGUUGAAGGAUGCUUUGAAUGAUUACUCAAUUCAAAUACCUAAUGUGCAUCAAGGAAUUGAUGAGAUAAAGAAAAGACUCCUUACGAUUAAAGUGUUGAUUGUUCUUGAUGAUGUAGAUGAUGAAGAGCAACUAGAGCAAUUAGUUGGAGAUUGUAAAUGGCUUAAAAAUGGUAGUAGAGUCAUUAUUACUACCAGAGACAAGCAUGUAUUUUGUAAGCUUGGAGCUGUGGCAUAUGAAGUAAAGGGAUUGGAUGGAGAAAAUGCUCUUAAAGUAUUUAGUUUGGGGGCUUUUAAGAAAGAAUCUCCGGAGAAUGGAUUUGAAUAUCUCUCUUCAUGUUUUGUGACUCAUGCUUGUGGUCUUCCAUUAGCUCUUAAAGUCUGGGGCUCUUUUCUAUAUGGACGAAACAAAAAAGUCUGGCAAUCCGCAUUGGAGAAGAUUAAAAACAUUCCGCAUGAUAAAGUUAUUGAAAAGCUUAGGAUAAGCUAUGAUGGACUUGAUGAGGAAAACAAAAAGAUAUUUCUAAAUAUAGCUUGUUUUUUCCGGAAUAAGAGCCGAGAUUAUGUAGAAGAUGUAAUUCAGAGUUGUGGUUUGCAUGUUUGCAUCGGAGUAUCAGUGCUAAUUGAUAGAUGUCUUCUAUUUGAAUCAAAUGGAAAUAUUGAUAUGCAUGAUCUAAUCCAAGAAAUGGGUUGGCUUAUUGCAAGUCAGGAGAAACCUAGGAGCAGGGUAUGGCAGCCUGAAGAGGUCAAAAAGGUGUUAAGCGGAAAAGGGGAGCUUGAAAACAUAGAAGGUAUGUUAUUCUCAUCAUCCACAAACACAUCUAGAGAUGAUGUGAAUAAUAGUGGUACCUUAAAAGAUUUCCAAGUGAUGGAAAAUUUGAAGAUACUCAUAGUUAAAGAGGAGUCUUAUGCUAGUGCUAACAAUAUUUUGGGUGUCAUGGAUAAUUAUUUUCCGAGCAGCUUGAGGUGUCUUGAUUUUCCACGUUAUGGUUUCCCUUCACUACCCAAAACCUUUCAUCCCUCUGGCAUGGAUAAUAAUCCAUCAGAGCUUGAGCUUGUUGGGUUUUGUCUGCACCGUAGUUCUCUACAAGAUUGUACGAUAACUAAGGAAUUAAAGAAACUUACCCAUUUGGAUCUCAGCUCUUCCCGCUCAUUGUUAGCAACUCCCAAUUUUGAAUUGAUGCCGAAUUUAAAGAGAUUAUACCUUUCUUACUGUGUGGAAUUAAAAGAGAUCCAUCCAUCUCUUGGACAUCUUAAGAAGCUUGUUUUAUUAGAUUUAAGCCAUUGCAGUGACCUGGAGAAGCUUCCCAUCUUCAUUCAAGUUUCAUCUCUUGAAGUUCUCAAACUUGAGAAUUGCGGAAGUUUGAAAAAUUUUCCAGAAAUCCAGGCAACUAUCCCUGGUGUAGUGGAGCUGAAUUUAAAACUCAUUCCAAUUACAGAUCUCCCCUCAUCCAUCCGACAACUAUGUUGCCUCACCAAGCUCCGCUUCUAUUAUUGUGAAUAUCUUGAACGUCUUUCUAAUGACUUAUGUGAGCUGGAAAAUCUUAAAGUUAUUGAGAUUAUAGGUUGCGAUCAACUAAGUUCAUUGCCAGAGAACCUGGGCAACUUGUCAAAUUUGGAAGAGCUUCGUGUAUUUGGUGGCACUGCCAUUUUUGAAAUCCCACCUUCAAUAACGCGGUUGAGUUCACUUGAAUGCUUAAGCUUUCAAGGCAAUGAGGAAUUUGAUAUGGAAACUCUCAACUUUUUGCCUAGUGUAUCUGAUUUGUGCUCACUCAAAAGGCUAGAGCUCUCUCAUUUUAAUCUCCUUGACGGACUCCCUUCAGAUCUUGGACACUUGAUCUCCUUGGAAUAUUUGUGUCUCCGAGGAAGCAAUUUUGAUCAUCUACCUAAAAGUUUCUUUCAACUCCCUCGCCUUCAAUACCUUGACAUCAGACAAUGUGAACAACUUAAACAGCUGCCAAAACUCCCAAAGACUAUAAGGGAACUAUAUGCAGAUUGUGAUUUUGCCUUUAAAGGAAAGUCGAGCACUAUACCAAAGUUAGCAAUCACCUACCCCGAGUUAUAUUCAGUCUCAUUCUCAUCUGGCGGCGGCGAACAUUAUGAUUCUGAAUUGUCAAGAGGUGAAACCCUUUUAGCUGAGAAGAGUAUUCAAUUUCCAUUUCAAAGAAUUACUCCUUUUGGUGUUAGCUAUACAUUCCAUUAUAAUUACAUGGACGAGGAAGAGAUCAAUAUCUUGAGAUCAUUCAAAUACCGACACUAUGAGUCAAAUGGAAUCUCAGUCAAUCUUAACUCUUCAUGGUAUAAUCAAAAUUUUGUGGGAUUUGCUAUAUAUUUUCUCUCUUUAGAAGGUGAUAUAUGGGGACAACACUCGUACCAAGGGAUUGAUGAUGAGGCACAUCACUGUGUGCUUAUAGCCAAACUGUCACACAAAGAUGAUGAAAAUGAAGUCUUCCGAACAAAAUGUGUGAUUGCCGCCGGAUUCAAUGAUUGUGAUGAACCCCAAGGACACAUAUGCUUUGCCUACAUACCACUUAGUAGUCUGUGGCCUACAUUUAAGCCUAUUAUGGAAGCAAAUGAUUAUUCAAGAUUCGAGGUGGAACUUAUGCACUCGAAAGCUUCAGCAGAUUGGGGUUGCAAUUUGUUAUAUAAAGGGCAAACAAGAGCAAGAAUGCAUAUGGCUAGCCACGGUGAGAGUGAUUCAGGACUCACGACUGAUGAUAUUGGAUACUUGACCUGGUCGAAGUUGGAGACAGAGUACUUGAAUCUGAGUAGAAGAAAUUUUUCCCGUUUACCUCAAGGCUAUAGCAAACUCCCUCACCUUCAAUACCUUGACAUUAGUGGUUGUCUAAAACUGACAAUGUUACCGGAACUCCCAGCCACUAUAAGGGAAUUAUAUACAAAUUCUAGUUUGGCUUCUGAAGGCAACAUAGCUAAGCUAGCAACCAAGUAUUCAGCAUUAUAUUCUAUCUCAUUCUCUGAUCGAUAUAAAAAGGUAGCUUUAUCAGCUGAGGAGUUGGCUAGGAAGUUUGUUGAUAUGCCUUUUCCAGCCGGGAGAAACUGUCCUUUAGUCGUUACCCAUUCUGCUUUUAAUGAUGGAUGGACUGAGAUUAAUAUCAAGAGAUGGUUCAAAUAUCCGUCUUGGCAAUCAAAUAAGGUCUCCAUUGAUCUUAAACCGUCUUGGUAUAAUCAAACCUUUGUGGGAUUUGUUGUAUGCCUUUUCUAUUCAUCUUAUGAAGAUACCAUUAUCUGGAAAUCAAGCCCAGAUGUUCGUCCUUUUAGAUAUGGUAAGGUCAUAGCCAAGUUGGUACACAAACACAAUGCAAAUAAAGUUCUCCAAACAGAUUGUGUGAUUGGCAGACUAUAUGAUGAAGAGUUUGAUGACAUGUUCAAGGAAAAAGAAAUUAUAUGCUUUGCCUACAUACCAUUAUGUAGCCUGUUAAGCAGUAACUUUGGUGUUAACCCCAAUGAUUAUUUGGUAUUUGAGGUGGCAUUUGAGGACUCAAAUGCUUCAACAGAUUGGAGUUGUGGUUUGUUAUAUAAAAAUGAUGAAUCAUUAAGUGAAGCAAUAAGGAGCAAUGCAAGUCCCAAUGAUAGUGAUUCAGAUAUUCAUACUCCAUUCUUUUAUACAAUAAGGAGCAAUGCAAGUCCCAAUGAUAGUGAUUCAGAACAUAUUGAUGAAGAGGCUCCAAUAUUUAUUGAAGAAGCUCCAUUGCAAGAAGAGAUCCCUGAGGCAAUAAUUGGAGAGGAGAUACAGAUUAACCACAACCAUCAUGUUGAACAAGAUUCUGACACGACACCAUCACAGCAAAACCUAGCCUAUAUAGAACAUGGUGCUGCAGACGACGCUGCAAUGGCAAAACAUAAUGCUGAAGUGCAUACUAAUGAGGAGAGAGGUAUCAGAUUCUGGACCUGCAUUGAAUCAUUGACAUGGUUACGACAAAAACUAGCAUCAGUGUGUAUAGGUACUACGAGUGAUCCAGGAGAAGAAAUUAAAGACGAUGAAAUGGGUGAAUCACCUGCCGAUGAAGGCCAUGGAAUGGAGCAAAGAAAUAAGGCUUAUCCCGACAAAAGCAAGCCCCAAGCAAAUGAAGAUGAUAAAGAAGAAGAAAACAUCCAUCGAAUGGAGCAAAGGAAAAAGGAUUAUCUUGACAAGGGCAAGGCUCCAAAAGAAGAAGAAGAAGAAGAAGGCCAUCGAAUGGAAGAAAGAAAGAAAGCUUAUCUCGACAAAGGCAAGGCUGUAGCCACUUCCCCUUGACCUUCACCUUGAAAGAGCUUCCCCAUUUCCUUUCUUUGAUUUGUGAUUGAAAAUUUGAGUUGGACAUGUUUAUUGAUAUUUGAUGAUUGGUAUAUUCGGACAAUUUUUUUUUAUUUGAUAUCUGAAGUCUGUAUGUGUGAGGAUGAUCUAUAUAUAUUUAAAGUACGUGCUUGAUGAAUGAUCAUUUGGAUAUAAUAAAGUUUGAAGUUAAUGUUGUUGUA